UGUCACCUACCCGCGCGCUUUUUUGUUUAACAUAUAUUUUUAAACCUAAUUCAACCCUUGGUCCAGACAUUCCUUUUGCCAUGUCGUUUCGGUACCGCAAUCACGAGUCGGCACACUACGCCAGAACAGCAGCCACUGGCCACAACCAGCGCGCCCUGCUGCGCACUCACACACCAGCCAGAGGGCGCCCGCCACCCACCAGCUUGUCAUUGAGAAGCGGCACAGCCUCUGAGCUCAGCAGCACCGAGGAAGAAGAAGAGGAAGAAGUCUCGCCAAUGUUUUCGCGCCGCACACAGCACUCAAUGGCGCAAAACAAGCACGUCGCCGAAACCACGCUGCGCAAUGUAAUAACGAUGGAGUCGCCAAACAACCAGGCAAUAGCACUAACCAUGAUGCUGCGCGGCUGGCGGCUCAUGGCCGAGGCCAAGCGGCAGCGGCGCGAAGAGCUUGUUGACAUGUGGGCGCUGGCCGUGCGGGUGCACCGCGACAACAUGCUGCACCGGGUAGCUGUGGGUGUAAAGCGGGCCGCACGCAAGGUGAUUGCCGGGCCAGGGCAUCGCUUCCAGCGCCUAUACUAUGACUUGGCCGACAGAUACUGCCGGAAGAUCCUGCUGAGCCGCACGAUGCAGCGCCUGACAUAUGCUAGCGAGGUGCUGAACCGGUUUACGUACUGGCAGCAUGAGCACAAUAGGCGGCUGGUGGCCGGGUGCCUGUCGGUGUUGCGCCAGGAGAUGGGGCAUCGCCGGGAAAUUGCACUCCAGGAGGCCCAGCGCAGGGACCGCCAGGGCCUGUUGCUGGGGAGGUGGCAUAUGGCGAUGAUGGAGGAGCGCAGGAAGUCGGAGCAGAAGGCGUUGGCAAGCAGGGCUCUCUGUGGGUGGCACAGAGUGUCGAUGCUUGAGUCUGAAUGUGAGCGCACGGCCGACAAGUUCGGUGAGAGGCAGCUCAAACAUCGAACGCUUGGCAGGCUGCGGAGCAUCAGGAGGCAGCAGAAAGAUAGCAGGACUGCAAGUGUCGGGCGCCAGCGGACAAAUCAGCAUCGCCCCAGUGGUCGCCAUCUGUCGCUUUCAGCCCCUCAUGACACGGCUGGCAGUGUGGACAGUUCGCGUGGUGCUCAAACAGCAGGUCGCAGUCCUCGGGGCAUUGAUGCAGUAACUCAGACUAGCAUGCUUGAACGACCCGGACUGGUAACACGGCGGGAUGUGGCGGUUGAGGCGAAGGACGAUGAUAUGUCUCAGCGGGCACUAGACCUGCAAUAUCAGGAUAGUACGGAUAUUGUACGCAGCGGCGAUCCAGAUGAUCUGGGUGAUCUGGAUGCCGCAGAGCUUGAGCGUGCCAGACAGAGUAUCACCAGACGUCACAAGCGCCGGGUCCUCAACAGAUGGCGCACGCAGGCACUGAGAGAUGUCGAGGAUAUGCGGAUAGCAGACAUGCACUACGCAAGGACUAAGCGGCAACAGUUCGUUGAGCGUCUCUUUAACCAGUUCUACAAGGUCAAGGAGAUGGGCCAGCAGGCGGAUACGUUCCGCCGGACGCUUGUUAUCUCCGAUUUCUGGGGCGCCAUCACGGGGGGAUAUUGCAAGCUGCAAAUUGAGCGCGAGGAUGCGGCGGAACUGAACCACGGUAUGCUUGCGGAGGCAGCUGAUCUCCUUGCUGAGCAAAGCGCUGAUCUAGUGGCGGAGAACCAGGAGUUUGAGCCGCUCGGCUACGAAGAUAUCGAGGCAGAGGCCGGGCUUGAGCCGAUCAUCGAAGAUGCUGACAACGAGAGGAUUGCACAGAUGUUUGACGCGUGGCACAAGCUGGUGCGCGACAGACAAGUCCUCGAGGACCGGGUGUACGCAGGCCUGCCUAAUAUCAUGCAAGAGCAGGCCUUUUACAAUUCGGACGGCUAUUUGGUGUUCGAUUGGGGAGUUGUGCACAGACACAGUCUGCUGCGUCGCUGCCUGCAUGAAUUCUGCCGCAUCGCUGUGGACCAAAAUAUCCAGAAGGCUACUCCGUAUAUGGCCAGCGGCAUGCUUGAAGAUAGCGCCAACACGCAUGUCUCGAUUAUCGAGCUCACCGAGGACUUUGAUUCGGACGGCAGCGACCUCGACGGCCAGAACGGCGACACUCUGCGGCAGCUCGAGGCUCGCAUCUCAUCGACACACGAGCAGAACAUGGUCGCUGAUUCCAUCCGCAAAUGGAUUGUGGCGACGCGCGGCAGCCUUCUGGGCAAGGGGCGGCUGGUCAGGUCGAUGAGGCCGGUAUUUGCAAGUAUUGCGCGGUGUGCACGCAUCGCCAAUGUCGCGCGCGACAAGGAGCGCGAGGCGCUGCUUAAUCCUGCGAUCCAUCGCUGGCGGAACCGCCUGUAUGCGCACCGCGUGGCCAUGGAUAACUCGGCGGUGCAGAGCGACGCGGUGCUGGUGCAGACAUGCUUCCGCCGGCUCGUUGACAAGCACCGGCGACAUGCAGAUCAAGAUCCGGCGGGUCCGGCGGAGAAGCACAGCAGGGAUAUGUAUAUGCAGGCCCUGGCGUUCCGGUGGGAGAGCCAAACACGCAUGGCAGUGGGCCGGUGGAUGCGCGCUUCUAGCGACGACCGGGUCAAGAUCCGUGUGGCCCAGCGCGACGAGACAAUGAGGGAGAGCCGGAUAGAGAGAGUUGCCGAGGGGUGGAGUCGGAAGCGCAUUGCGAGAAAUGCGUUCAGGCGGCUGCGGACAGUGGCGCGUAACCGCAGGCUGCAGCACGACCUGGAGAUGCGGUUUGCCGACGCCUGGUGCAAUGCUAACCUGCGGCGACAGGUGCUGCUGGCGUGGCGGGCAAAAACGUCGCCGAACAGCUUGGCGUUCUUUUCGGUGUCAGAGCCAAUCGCUGGAUACUAAUAUGCGAUGCUGUGAAGGUUUGCAGAAAUGGCCGAUGUAGUGAUGGGUGGGGUUCUUGAGAACCGAAUCGUUUUGCAGUUGUCUGCCCUAGAUUUCUCAUCACUCGCAAAGCUGUAAUCGCCGGCAAACCCAGCGAGUACAUGAGGCGGUGAAUAGGCGAGUAACCCACCACGGAAUGCAGAUGGAUGAAUAUACCUUUGUAGAUUUCCAAAAUGCUGAUGCUAGCUAACAUGGCCUCAGC